UUUGCGGAUUUGUAUUAUUCACCAAACUACCGGUUCUAAUCAUAUGAGUUUUUUGUCUGUUGGCUAUUGUAGAUAAGAAACCUGGGAUUAACGAAAUGUUCGUACUGAUAGCGAUGCGCGUUCAAGUGAAGGCUUACAAAAAGCAAGUGUGAUACGAUUUAAAUAUUAACCGAUGAAAUCACGUUUCUUUACCAAAAUUUGUAACCAACCAAACGACUGUUUCUUAUCAAUAAGAGGUUGAACAUGUGUAGCAAGAUUCUUCGGUAACCUAUCUUAUGAAUUACAAACUGUGGACGUAAAUAGUAAGGAAAAUAAUAUCUUAAUAGCAAGCCACAUACCAAAUCAUGUGAAAAGUAUUAGAAUACUUGUUCUUAUUUUUAUUUUUGUUAAUUAUACUGGCGACAGUUCUGCUGAUUCGAGUUUAACGAACUUAAAGCUAUAUUAUUAGAUUGCUACAAGGAAGCAUGUUCUAUUAACCUAGCUUUUGUUUCUAUUUGGCGUAACGAUCUACGCGGUCAUGCCGACCUAUAAAGGCUUUCAAGACUUAUUAGUACCACGCAGCCGGAUAGUCACAGUCCUUGCUACGGGGGCGAUGGUCCAUAUGAGGUUUGAGGCCAUCACGAGCAUGCUGUUAAGUUGUGCGAGUUGACACUGUCUACCCUAAGAUAACUUGGAGCUUGAGGCAUUAAAGUUACUUGAUAGGCGUUUUUAUAGAAUAGUUGGUUGAGCUUGAUGGUAGGUUCAACCCGUAUGAGAUUACCUGCAGACGUUGAACUAAGAAUAAACAUGUGUCAGAAUGAAAGGAAAUUAAACCGAAAGUGCGAAAAAAAAACCUCAUUACACGAUGCUAUUAGGUCGUACCAUUGAAAUAAAGAAUAAGAACAAAAAUGAACCUAUAUUUGUUAAAGCAUGAGACUACAUUUUUAAAAGUAAUGUGACAAUUUUAGUCAUUUAAAUAUUAAAAUGCGUUUCCAAAAAAAAAUCUUCUCCCACGUUUCAAAAUCUAUACAUCAAAUUUAUGUAGAGGCUAUUAUUGCGUAAAAAUGUAAUUAAAAGUUUUCAAAUAACAUUCUUAUGUUUAAAGGGAGACAUACGUACCAUACUACAUUAGCGAGUAUUUUUUAACAGACGAGUAUAUUGCAUUUUGUUGUGCGGCAAACGAGAUAGGCACAAUGUUGUUUUUUUAACUGCAAUUUGCGGAAAUGACCAUCUUUUUUAACUAACACAAGGAACAUUUAUAAGGCAUGCUUCUAGUAUUGAACUUAUCAUGCUAAACGAAUUUUAACGAACAGUUGUUGGAUAAUCCGUGGUGUUCAAUUAUUCGUAAAUUUCCUAGAAUGAAAAACCCCGGAUUAACGAAGACAAGUUUUUUCUCUGUUGAAGCAACAACACUCGGAAUUGGUGAGAGCAGAGCACACGAGUGUUGGAAGGAUCACAGGACUAUAGGCCAACAUCAAUAGCUGCAACAACAACGUCUAAUAUGUCCAUAUUAGAAGAGUAGUACUAAUUGCAAAUUGUUUCAAAUACGUGCGUAUUGAGGAAGAGUGCAUAGUUGGUGAAUGUCUAGAGGAAGUGAAAUAGUUGUAAUGGUUCACUUUGUUGGAGUCAAAUUAUCGCAACGGUUGCUAGAAAAUUGAACAAAGAACGCCAUGCAAGGCGUCUCCAUCAGCAGGAUGUUGGAAAUGCACCAUUAAUCGAAGCUGCUGGUAAUGCAUUACUCAAUUUCGAGCGUGCGUAUGUGAACGUAGUAUGUGUCUGUGUAUAUACAUGUGUGCGAAGGUGUUUGUUUUUGCCACAAGAGAAAAGAAACAUGCGAGAAUGCAACCAUUCGAGCGAUAAGCUUUUGUUGUUAGAAUAUGGUGGAAAAAGUGAUUGCAUCGGCGGUGCUGUGAAGAUUAUGAAGUAGAGCAAAAUACUAAAAGAAGAUUACAAUGAGCACCAGGUUUCGGUAAGAGGCUUAAGAAACGUAUGAAAUUAAUAGAAAAGUGUGACUUAUUUUUCGCAUUCCACUAUAGGCUGAAAAAGUGCAAUAAUAAUAGUUCCCUAUCUAGUCAUAGAUGUGUGAGCAGGCUGCUAAAAAAGUGAAGGUCGCUAAACAAAUUGCAAAGCUAAAGUAAGCUGCAACGUUUGAGCUGUGGAGUUCAGUGGAAAGUGAAUAAAAAGGUCUACCUUACAAUUAGCAAGAAAGUUAAAUGAUGAAAAAUCGACCAGGAAGUUAUGAAGUGAAAAGUAUAUAUUUGUAUUGCAUCUGUGUGGCACGGCAAGAAAGUUUUCUCAUUUUGUAAUAAGUGCCCGUAAAACACAUAGAAGUGUGCCACGUUAGUUCCAUUCGUGUGCAUUAGUAGUGCUAGGGGAAACUGUAGUUCACAUUAUAUCAUAUGUUCUACAUUUCCUUUCAAUAAAAGUGUAAAAGUGGGUAGAAUAAUUGGUUUGCCAAGAGCGUGUUAAUGAUUAUCAGCUAAAUUACGACGAAUAUUUUUCUUGGUCGCAAUUGCGUUACUCUAAAAACUUGGAGAUGUACGCCAGUGAAAGCAUAACUGAUGGAUUACAACAGUGUUGACUAGUAUUCUUUGAUUUAACGGUGUGGAACACGUUGAUCAGUGCAGAGUGAGGCAUUGUGCAAUAUUUAUGUACAGUGGCCACCAGGACGGUUUCCGCGGUGGAGGUGGUGUAAAACAACGGCCAUUUCGAGAACCAUACCGAACCGUAAGCGACGCAAAGAAAACGCUCGGUUUGAUGUGCACAGAAUGCCCAACACAAACGAAAGCUCGCAUUCCGGCACGACUACGACGGUGGCGGCGGCAGCUGCAGCAGCAAAUGCUGGGGAUGACCUCGGUAGCACAGACGAGGUGAAAGUAUUCAAGGACGAAGGUGAUCGAGAGGAUGAAAAGGCUUCGUCGGAAAAUUUACUCGAGGAAAAAUUUAAUCUGAUCGAUCUUACCGAAAGUGCUGAGAACUUGGUGAAGAAUUCGUCGGCUCGGCAGGACCUCAGCCCUUCUUCAUAUGCACCUGUUAGCCGUUCCGAGCCCACCCCAACUGGUAGCGGUACGGGUGGUGGGAGUGCCGGUACUAGCAGCGCCGGAAAACUAAAUUCACCGGACCAUUCGCCGGGCUUCAGCGGAAUGGGUUACCUUCCCCCGUAUCAGUAUUCGAGCGGAACAGCCAGCGCAUUGCAGGCGGCCGGUUCAAUGGGCAAGGGUGCAUUGGGUUUAACGCAAUUUUUUUGCAACGAUGAUCCACUUUCUAACCCACCCCCCGCUCAUUGCGGUAUCCUGCCGUAUCAACUAGAUUCAAAAGCUAUCGGUCUUUCUGCAAGGCAGUCAUUGUACUCGUUCUCCACCAGCCAGUAUCCAUAUCCAUCGAUUCUAUCCUCCAACAUGUUGCCAGUACCGCCAUCAUGGCAUUCGCCUUCCAUGUACUCUACUGCACCUAGUUUCCGCAACUCAUAUCCAUCUUCGCUACAGAUCUACACAACGUUGGCUAGCGAUCUAUACUCGCGCUAUCAAUCCUCGCAGUCGCUGCUUAACUCGGUGCACUCGCAUAACGUGCUUAAUCAGAGUCUGCAACAGGUGAAACAGGAAACGGGUCUGGUUGGAGCGGGUGGAAACGGUAUAGGGCAAGAUUUAGGGAUUGGACACAACUACAGUGUUCGGCAGCACGUGCAUAGUCCGGGAAGCAAGUCCGCAGUUGUUGAUCUGCCGCAGGAGUUAACGAAUCGCUUCGGUCGUGCCCAGAGUGUUGGGAGUACCGGCAGUGGUGGCGGUGGUGGAGGUAGUGUCGGUAGCGCAAUCGGCAACGGAGCUAGCAGUGGUGGAAGUAGCGGGAGCGGAACAUCCAGUGGAGGUUCCAAGAAAAAGUGUGCAUCCGAGCGAGGUCAUCAGCAACAAGUGCAGUCGCAGAACCAGCAACAACCAAACCGGCCACAUAUCAAGAAACCUCUGAAUGCAUUCAUGUUGUACAUGAAAGAAAUGCGUGCGAAAGUUGUGGCUGAAUGUACGUUAAAGGAAUCUGCUGCCAUAAACCAGAUCCUUGGUCGAAAAUGGCAUUCCUUGUCACGAGAUGAACAGAGCGUGUACUACGACAAGGCGCGACAGGAACGUCAACUACACAUGGAAAUGUAUCCAGGAUGGACGGCUCGGGACAACUAUGGAUACGGCUCGAAAAAGAAACGGAAAGCGAAAAAGAAGGACCAACUGGGCAGCGAACCACCCAGCAGGCGUAAGAAAAUCUGUAUACGUAACGAGGAAUCUGACAACUACGAUGGAUCGCGUAUGUCGGACGAGUACAUGGGAAGCUAUGGCACAGUGGUGUAAUAAAACACCUCUAACACACCCCCACCUUCCAUGCCCACAGGCCGUCACGAUGAUGCCUCUUUAGAGAACCGGGAGUACCGGCUGCCUAUCCCUAAUAGAAGUAGCACCGGCAAGAGCAACGCAUGACUGCGAAGCUUUACUCAAUAAGACUUCAAACGACACUUUGUAUAUGUGUAGGAAAUAUAAGCAUAAGAUAAAUGAUCGUGUGAAGUAGAGCAAAGCAAGGCAGCCUAACCCAACGAUAGUACGAUGUCUUUGUACGAAUUUACGUGGAGAUCGACGAAUGUUUCACUUACCUAAACCAUAUUUACGUACGUCAUCUGUGUGUAUAUCGAUCGACUCUUACGUUUAACUCACCGGAUUUCUUUUACUUCGUCGUACGAUUAUGCUAGGUAGAAAAGACCAUUGGCCAAAGAUAAUUUAAGCAGUAAUGAAGCGAUGUUCUAGAAAAUGCACAUGUUGCAAGUAAUUUAUGUGCAAUUAACAACUCAGAAUGCACUUUUAACAAAAGUUGUGGAUCAUGUACAGUGUGUACUAUUAAUUUCUGUUUUAAGAAAUUAUUCCAAAAAUAGUUUACGAAUGGUACUUAAUACGGUGCCGCAUUAAAACUGGAACUGUAUCAAAUGUAAAAGAAUGUGCAUUUUAGAAAUUGAACAACAUGUAAAUGUAGUUUAGAUUCAAGAUGAUAAUGUUUUUCGGUUAUACCACCGACGUAGUCGAAUUAAUAUACCAGUACAGGGAAGCCAUCGAUGGCGCAAUGGAAAGGCUAUAUACACUUCUCUAAUUGUGUCUCUAAUGUUUGAUGCACAAGCCUUUUAGAGAGUGUUUCUUUUAUGAAAUAUUUCAUAAGAUGUUUCUCACCCAGAAUAAAUUUUCGGUCAUUUGAUUUAAUCAUCAUGCAAAAGUGUUUGUUUACAACCAGCGCAAAUAAGCUAUAGUCAAUCCAUAAGUCAAUAUCUUCUAAUGGGUAAUGGUUGCAGGCUAGAAUCUUUUUACAUGCACACAAAGAUGAUUCCCAAUCAGGCUAGAAGGGAUCCUGCUUGAAUAUAAUUAUAUACAUACUAUAUAUAGAUAUACAUAAUAGGUAUUUUUAGCACGUAAGAGACAAAUAAAAAUGUGUAACAAUGUAGCUGAUAGUAAAAAGCCAAAAUGCGAGUAAUAGAACAUGUCAAUGUCAAA